AUGGCGCUCCCGCGCGGGCCGUCGUCCCUUCGCGGCAGCCGGCGCGGCGCCGCACCCGCCCGGAGCCGCGCCAGGGCGGCCGGGACGGUCCGGGAGCGGCCCGCCCCAGAGCGCGCCGCGGAGGCCCCCGCUGGAGACCGCGAGCGAGCGGCGGCUGGCAGGAGGGCGCUGGGCGGCGAGAUCCAAAACCGCCGCCACGGCACCGCGCUGAUCGAGCACCACGGCCGCGAGCGCAGCUGGGGUCGAGCGCUGGACAUCCUGCGGCAGAUCGGGCAGCUGACGCUGGAGCCAGGCACCAUCACGCUCAGCGCGGCCAUCAGCGCCUGCGGCCGGGGCUUGCAGUGGACGCGCUGCCUCCAGCUGCUGGGGGAGAUGCGGCGCAGCUCCCUGCAGCCGAACGGGUUCACGUUCACCUCCUGCAUCAGCGCCUGCUCCAGGCGUCGGGAGUGGGCGCGGGCGCUGGCCGUCUUCGCCGCCAUGCAGGGUGCCGGGGUGGUGCCGAGCCCGAUCUGCUGGCACGCCGUGGCCGCCGCCUGCAGGCGGGGCGGGCAGUGGCUGCUGUCGCGCGAGCUGCUGGGGAGCCUCGACGCCAGCGCCUACGACGCGGCCAUCCGUUCGGGCGACUCGCUGCAGUCGUGGCGGCAGUCCCUGCACUUCCUGUGGAUGAUGCGGGCGCAGGGCCUCGAGGUGGCGGUCCCCACCGUCUCCGUGGUGCUCGAGACGUGCCGCCGGGGCCAGCAGUGGCAGCGGUCCCUGGCGCUGGCCGAGGUCCUGCUCGCGCCGGGCGCCGCCACGCCGGGCCCGGCUGCGGCCGCGUACCACGGCGGCGCCAUCGCGGCGUGGGGCAGGGGGCAGCACUGGGCCCAGGCCCUCGCGCUGCUCGCGGACAUGCCGCGGCGGGGCGUGCCUCACACGGCCGACGCCUGCGGCGCCGCCGUGCGCGCCUGCGCCAGGAGCAAGGAGGCCUGGGCCGCGGCGCUGCGCCUGGUCUCCGACAUGCUGUCGCUGGAGCUGGCCCCGGACGAGGUGGCGCUCGCGGCCGCCGUCAAGGCGGCGCGCAAGGGCAGGCAGUGGCAGCACGCCCUGGCGCACCUGGGCGGCAUGCGCCAGCGCCGGAUGGAGGAGAUCCUCGACGCCCUGCUGGCGAAGGCGCCGAGCCCGCCGCGGGGCGCCGAGGCGCUCGCGCGCUGCUUGCUGGCCGAGUGCGAGCAGCGCGCGCUGCUCCGCCACGAGGCCGCCGUGCUCCGCCUCUGGGCAGCCGGCGGCCCCGAGGCCGGGAUGGACCCCGGCGCCGCUCCGCUCGCGGCCGGCGUGAGGCUCCUGGAGGCCGGCAGGGCGCAG